CUCGCUCGCUCCCGGGACGACGCCAGGCUCCUGAGGCCCUGGUUCUAAUUGCAUGUGAAAGGCAGCACUUUGAGAUGCUAUGGCCAUGGCUCAGCUCUCACACACUGGGCAGAAGCAUAAAACCUCCAAGGAAUCAGUGUUGUUUCCACACAAAAUUGCCACUGACCAGCAGUUGGUGCUGGUGAAAAGGCAUUUGUCCAUCUCUGUCUCCUGUAUAACGUACCUAAGAGGGCUCUUCCCAGAGAGCUCAUAUGGAACUCGCUAUUUAGAUAAUCUCUGUCUAAAAAUCCUUCGGGAAGAUAAGAACUGCCUGGGGUCACGGCAGAUAGUCAAGUGGAUUCAGGGCUCUUUUGAUGCUUUGGAAAAGAACUAUUUACAUAUGGCUGUCCUGGCAAUUUACACCAAUCCCAAGGAGCCACAAAGGGUGACUGAGCUGUAUCAGUUCAAAUUCAAGUAUACAAAGGACGGGCCCCAGAUGGACAUCAUCAGCACCAAAAUGAGCUUUGCAAAGGGGGUGAGCAGUGAAGAGAUUAAGAAAGGUAGCAUCCUGCUGAUCCGUAAGCUGUACCUCUUAAUGCAGAACCUCGGGCCCCUUCCCAAUGACAUUACCCUCACCAUGAAACUCUUCUACUACAGUGAUGUAACUCCUGAUGAUUACCAGGCCCCUGGCUUUAAGAAAGACAGCAGCCCAGAUAACCUGUUGUUUGAUGGAGAUCCUGUCAACCUGAAAGUUGGGUCCAUAUCCAUUGGGUUUCAUAUCCUGAAAGUAAGAGUGACAACUGAGAGCAAGAGGAUGAGGACAUUGGGAAGCAGCCUGAUCCAGGAGAACGGCCCUACUGAGAUCUCCCAUCAAGGGCUAGAUUGUGACGAAGAAAAAGAGGGUAGUACCAAGGUAAGGAAAUGGCUCCAAGUCACCAGCAGUUACUGUGGGGAGUCGGCUGUGCCUUUAUAGUCUCCCAUGAAAAGAGAGAUGUUUUCUAAGAAUUCCAGCUUUAACCUGUUCUUGCUUAGCAGUAUUCUGAGGUAUGGCAGCAGUGCUGUAGUGGCACGAGCAGGGUGCUAG